UGGAUUUCGACAGUGAUUCCUGCUAUCUGAUUGGCUCAGGCACGCGGCUCAGCAAAAUGGCGGCAAUUCUGUCAGACGACUUUUACACCUGACGUGCAAAUAUUUUUUUCAGCCUUGCGACAAAGAUAGGGAAUCUGGAAAAGACACAUGCACCAUCUUGAGUGACAUUGGAAAAUUGUUAGGUAUCAGCCUAAGCCAUGAUCUCCCUUGGUUGGCUUUCUGAAGAUGGCCAGGGUGGACAGCUGCACGCUGCUACAAGGAAGGGGAAGGUCCAUGUUGUCAAGAAACUACUGAAGGAAGGAACAAGGGUGGAUUAUCCCAACUCCAGGGACCAGACAGCACUCUUCUGUGCCUGUUACUUGGGUAAAGAGAAGACUGUGAAGCUCCUCCUGAAAUAUGGAGCAAAUGCAAAUGAACGUUCAGACAAUGGCAGCACUCCAGUCCACGCUGCUGCCUGGAGCUGCAAGACGGGCAUUCUACUGAGACUGGUCAGGGCAGGGGGAAAUAUCAGGCUACAUGAUAAUGAGGGAAGGACACCAAAGGACUGGGCACUGGAGAGAGACAAGAAGAAGAAUAAAAAGAUGCUGAUCCUGCUGGACCAGAUGUACAUGCAUGCUGUAGCCCUCAGCAACGGGGAAGUCACAACAGGAGCAUCUGGAGAUAGUGUCAUGGUAAUGCAAUCAGCAACAUCAGUAGUUUGUCCAUUUAUGAAUUUAUAAAAUAAAGUAGAAUGUUA